AUGUACGCCGACAUCCCUCGACGUUCAAGCCGUCGUCGUCCUAAUCUCAACAUUGACACAUCUCCUACUGGCCGCCCUAGGUCGCCAGUCGUGUCGCGAGGAGAACGAGAGCCCUCCGUCUCUGCUUUGGCCGACCCCCAGACGCCGCCAAGCAACAGAAAUAAGCAGCCGCCGCCAAUUUCUCUCAAGUCCAGCUCCCGAGCGCUUAGAGGCCCCUCCUCCCGCCAUGCCGACGACUCUUUCCUAGACACCCCCGAUUCUGCCGAUAGUUUCGACAUGUCCUCGAAUAAGGAGAACGACAAUCCCGAUCAAUCUCGUCCUCGCGAUUCUCACGACCUGUCCCUGUCCCCGCGCAAUGUUACACGCGACUCUCUCAUGACUAAUAUGCUCAUCUCUCUUGACCAAUUCUCCAUGGGCGGUCCAUUUGGAAGCGGAAGAGGAGGUCUGUUCGACGACCCGUCACAACAAUACCCUUACGAUACAGACGGAGACAGCAUGCCGAGGCCAGUGAGAGGAGCCCGGGCCAACGGCCACAGUUACUCAUACAGUUCCGAUUUCGACGCCGACGAUGCAAGCAGGAUAUCCUCACGAGGACGACGGAGUAAUAGUAGUUCCAAUUUUCAGAGCGGACUGCACCGCAUCAGCAGUAUGCGCGAAUCUAUGCGGAGCACUCCAGGCACCCCACGUCACAUGCAUUCCAGGGGAGGUAAGGGGAGCACAAAAAGCAGCAGUUCGAAUAGCAUCGACGCGGGCUAUGCUCAGGUCCUCGGCAGCACUAGGUGGGCGUCGGGCUUCGGUGGCAGAUCCUCGAGUUUCGAUUACGGUCAUCGUCCCCCGGCAUUUCAAUUCACCCAGCAGCAGCAGCAACAACAACAACAACAACAACAACAUGGACAGGCGCCAUGGCACAUUGAGUUUUCCAACACUUUUUUUAGCGAAGACUACGAUGCCGCGCCGACGCCCACAGUGCCUGGAGGACCUAGACGCAUAGCCCAGCCCAUGACCCCUCCCGCCACAUCCUAUCCCCGAUCGCCUGUAAUCGCUCCCGAGACUGAUGACCAAAUAGAGCCGCCGCCAGUUGCUCUCGAACGCAAACGCUCGAACCGAUCUGCCAAAAGCACAUCGACAAACCGCAAGACAGAAAAUAAUGCCACCAAGGCUCGUGAAGAGGUGCCUCCAUUACCCGCGCCAGUAGCCGCACCCGCACCCGUACCCGCACCCGCGCCCACACCUGCAGCAGCUCCCACGUUCGAGAUUGAUUCCGCACCCGCGCCACACGUGGGCUACGGCAAGACAAAAGAGGCCGUGCACGGAGCUCCGAUUCCGACACAUACACCGUCGCAAACAAAAGAAAAACCGGGGUUUUUCAGGCGAGUCUUUGGCUCGUCCAGAAACAAUGCCUCCAAUAACUCAUCCGAGACGCAAAACUCGUCGGGCGUACCGUCCUCAACACCUGUGGAUACUGCCGAUCAGAGAUCCGGGAAUCGAUCUCUCCACAUCGCCAACCAGAUGAAGCCGUCCACAUCCGCCCCGCCCUCGAGGGACACGUCUUCAUCCCAUUCUCACCAUCACGUGCUGCAAAAGAAGCCGAGCUCUUUCUUCCGUCGCAGAAAGAAGUCUGUGUCCGCCGACGACGUGCCUCCAGUACCUGCUCCUACCGCCCUCGAGCCGCCUAUGCCCCCUCUCGUGCCUCCAAUCCAGCUGGGCGUUACUAAGGACAAGCUUUCCGCGAAGCCUGAGCCCAGUCCAAUCAGCAGCUUGCGUAGGGUUAUGAAUCCCUACCUUAAAGGAAGCCCCUUGACGCCCAACGCGCCGCUCUCUCCUCCAUCUGCUUCCCUCCAAGCUACUGAUGCAGAUAUGGCGGCCACUUCGCAAGACGAGGGAACAUCCGCAGAGGAGCACCCACGUUCAUUCUCGCCCGACUACGACCCGAGUCCCAAUGCACGCAUUCGAGAGGUCAGGCCUGGCUCUCACAGCGACGAGCAUUCUUAUUCCGAAAGCGAACGUCGCACCGACACCCCAACUCGACCGCCGCCUAAACCCCCCGUUUCGAGCGAGAAGAGGAAUAACUCGUUCCUGGACAUUGAUGGCAGCGACAACGAGGCCGAUUCCGAGUCGAAACAACGGGGUAAGACAAGAAGAGACAAGGGUCAGAAACCGGGCAGAAGAGAUGAUUCCACAAUCAGAGGCAGGAAAAUCAACAAUCUUACUGUUGACACAGCAGACUCUGAUGAGGAAGGCCACAAGCCGGGACUCGUGCUACCGAUCGAGGGCACCAGAUCUACCAGCAGGGCAUCCGGAUCCACUACUACUGAAUACAAGUCUGCAAUCAGCGGAACGCCCAGCGUCAGAGUCGAAAAUCUCGACAACAGCCCCAAGGUUUUGGGUACGUUCGAGUCGAUGAACGCGAAACCACUGGACGAACCCGAAUUUGUGGUCGGAGACCCAACCGAUGACGAUCGCCAAAAGGCACAGAAGAUCUUUGACGGUAAUGAGGACUUCAUCCAGAAGGAGAAGGCCGCUGCAUGGAUGGGCGAGGAAGGCCCCAUCCGGCAGAGAACCCUGCGUGCAUACAUGGACCUUUAUGAUUUCACCAACAAGAGCAUCCUGCAAAGUCUUCGUUUGAUUUGCGAACGUUUGGUUUUUAGAGCAGAGACCCAACAGGUGGAUCGUAUUCUGGUUGCUUUUUCAAAGCGCUGGUGCGAUUGCAACACCAACCAUGGGUUCAAAGCUUCUGAUGUCAUUCACACAAUCUGCUAUUCGAUCAUGCUGCUCAACACUGACCUACAUCUUGCUGACAUCGACCAAAAGAUGACUCGGAGUCAGUUCGUGAAAAAUACCAUGACUACGAUCAUUCAAGCGGUGGCCGAGUCUGCUCCUGAAGCCUUUGAGCGACCGACCGUUCUGCCCGGCAAACCCAACAGCUCCCUCGGAGGCGAUGACUCCAGGCACUCGAUCGAAGAACGGUUCGUUUCACGCCGAUUGUCGUUCCGACCGCCGCCGAGAAACGAAGAAGGUUCCUCGGAGAACGCCCACGACGAAUGCGGACCGCUGGUCAAGGCACCGUUCGACGGUUCGAUGCGAGCUUGGGAAAGCCAGGUUGAAGUCGUCCUCAAGGACAUUUAUACCUCGAUCCGCGACGAGCGAUUACCACUAUUCGGUGCGGACCCGUCCAAGAACUUGACGCCCAGUAAUACCAAUAGCCUGUCCGUUAUCGGCAUGUUGAAGCGAACGCCUAGCGUUCUGAGUAAGGCCCCGUCAGAGAGUCAGGCAUCUAUGCGAGGGCGCAUAGCUGAACAUGGUCGUGCCAAUUCUUCCAGAUGGAAUUCGAAGAGCAGGUCACGACCUCGUAUGGGCAAUCCGGGAUUCUCUUCGUCGAGAACGAGCUUCGAGGACGGAAAUUCGGUUUGGAGCCCUACGGCUUCGUCCGCGACGUGGAGCAAGCUCUCGCUGGGGAGAACGCAAACCUCGAUGUCUGUGGAUUCGCUCCACUCAUCUUUCAAGGGAGGAGACUAUCAACAGUCCAUCGGAUUUGCCAACGCCCUUAGCCAGGCCAUCAUCCGUGAUGAUGAGUCAAGCUUCGGCAAGGCCCCCUCGAUCAUGAGCGACGAACUAAGACCCGCGCACCUCCUCGAAGAUGAGUCCCUCGAGCUAGCCGGACCCCCGUGGGUGAAGGAGGGUAUCGUGAUUCACAAGCACCACCUGGAUGGUAUUGACAAGAAAGCAAAGGAUAGGCACUGGAACGAGGUUUUUGCGGUCAUUCAAAAAGGCCAGAUGAGCAUCUUUUCGUUUGGCACUAACAAAUCGUCGUUGGGACGAAAGCACCGCAAUCGUCAAGCGCCCAAAGGCCCUGCUAUUGUUGGAGGCGGAAAUUGGCAGGAGAAUGCUACUAACCUUGGCACAUUUAGCCUUCGCCAGACGUUAGCAUCCGCCCUGCCACCGCCCGGCUAUUCGAGAGCCCGACCUCAUGUAUGGGCGCUCAGCUUGCCCAGCGGCGCCGUUCACCUUUUCCAGGUCGGCACGCCCGAAAUCAGUAAGGAGUUUGUAACCACGGCCAACUACUGGAGCGCGCGGUUGAGUACGCACCCGUUGGUCGGUGGUAUCAGCAACAUUGAGUACGGCUGGAGCGACGCCAUUAUUAACAACGCCCUCGUCACAGCUAUCAACGAACAGACUUCGGGGCAGCCAUCGGGCCGCACCUCGCGGCCGGGAAGCAGCGCUGCCAACACUCGCCCGAGUAUGCAAAGCGGCACCUUCCGCUCCGCGUCUCUUGAUUACGGCUCCGGCCGCCCCUACUCAGCUGGCCGCGGCAACAAGCUGCCUGGAGACAGGAUUACCGUUGCCGACUGGGCACCCCCGACGCAAAGCAUGCGGCCUAGCAACCUGCCCGAGGAGGAGCAGCUCGGUAGCCUGGUGGCGUACGUCAAGGGCAUUGAGGACGAGCUGCAAACGCACAACCAGCUGCGCAGCCCCAUGCUCCUUGCCUUUACGCCCCGCGGGACCAACGCGAACAAGGCCAUGGCCAACUGGGAACGCAAGAGCGCUUACCUCUUGAGAGAGAUUGUCAAGUUCCGCACGUACGUUGACUGCCUACAGCAGGCGGCGGUACGCAAGAACGAGAUCUACUCGGAGAGAGACUUGGCUCGCCGAGCUGCGAGGGGAGAAUUGGAUGAAGGAGAGAUUGAAUUUGAUGUCCCGCAAAACAUGACUAUCAGAGCAUGA